AGCGGAGCAUGCGUUUGAAAUGUUUGAAAUUGUUGUGUUGUUGAAGAUGUGAAAUGAUAAUUUAGAUCCGUUGUCUUUGGUUAGGGAAUUUAUGCGCAGUCAAUCUGACUCCAGGACAUUUGCACAUGCGUGAGAACAAUGUUUCAGUCAAGAAGUUUUAUUUCGGUUUUAGAUUUUUAUGUUUCGCGAUAGGAAAAUCAUUUGCUGCGAGGAACGUCUAUUGAGGACAGCACAAUGGUGUCUGGGCCGAAAUCUGAGGAUGCUGAGCUAGCAGAAACACUGCGGCGUGAUGAUCCAGAGCAGUUCCUUACACUUGUUCGCAUGCAUUUAUCCUUUGUAUUAGAUCUGAAUACUGACGAGUGCGAUGGUGUUUCUGAAAAAUCUGGGAAAUUCCGCCCCAUGAAAUGGAGUUUUACCCCCUUUGCUAAGAAAUCUAAACCUGUUAAUCGUCCUGUCACUGAAGGAGUUACACUGACUCAGGAAGGUAUUUCCCAAGUAUAUCAAUUAAUCCAAUGGCUGAGUCUCGAGCAGAAUGUCAUUCAAGAAGGUAUUUUUCGCCGAAGUGGGAAAAUGACAAGACAGCAAGAAUUAAAAGUCCUACUGACUUCUGGGUGUCCAUUAAAAUUAGAUGAGGGACAAUUUUCUGUUCAUGACUGUGCAAGUGUCCUCAAAAACUUUUUAGCUCAGCUUCCAGAGCCAUUAUUAACUGAAGCUUACUACCCUGCUCAUUGCCAAAUUGCUGAGCUUUGUGCUGGAAACAAUGAACCAGUAGAUGAAGAGCGUCUUCUGAAAGCCAUUCAACUCAUACUUCUGUUACUGCCUUUGGAGAAUUUGCAACUUUUAAAAGACUUGUUUGGCUUAUUGCAUCUUACUUCAACCUAUGCUCAUGUCAAUAAAAUGUCUGCAGAUAACUUGGCCACCCUAUUUACACCUCAUUUACUUUGUCCAAGAAAGUUAAGUCCUGAAGCUCUGCAUACUAAUUCCCAGACAAUGUCAAAAGUUGUAUCAUUUAUGAUCAAACAAGGCCCUACGCUCUUCCACAUUCCAGCUCAAUUGGCCACAGAUAUCAGAGCUUAUUGGUCAUCUCGGGAUAAAAGAACACUUUUGCCAAAAAAAGAUCUUAAUGAGAGCACCUGUGAUGGAAUGGCUGCAAAGACAGUUUUUACAUUUGUAGAUCGGGAAAAGACAGCUGAAGCAAGUGCAUCAGCUAAUCCAACAGAAGCAGCACUUGCGCAGCUUUAUGCUCACAUUCAAUCCUUACCUGAAUCAUCCAAGAAGAGGAAACUGAUAAAACAAUUUAAUAAAGAGAAUGGACAAGGUACUCCUCAGUUAAUAAUGGGGUCUAACAGGACAGGCAGAGCAAGGAAUCGCACUGCUGGUCCCAAACCAAGGCAGCGAAGUCGUUCCCUUGGGGAUUCCAUAAAGAAACAUAUUCAUGUAUUUAAUAAGGGAUCUAAAGAACCUAAGAAGCUGAGUGAUGAGUUUUACUCAAAAGAACCAUUUGAUAGCCCACACAGUUCACCAGUCACUAAAGUCAAGAAUGUUUUCCAGAAGAGUGAUGGAGAAAAUAUUCUCCCAUCACCCUCGGUCAUGCCCUCUCUCAAGAAAUCACUAGUUAUGGAUGUCGAUGAGGCUAAAUCAAUCCGAAUGCGUCUUUCGGCCAAUGCUAAAAGGACUCCAGCAUCAGUUACUUCUGAAAAUAUUGGCACUGACAGGGAGGAGAGUUCCUCAACAUCUAGCAAUGAUUCUAAUACAGCAGGUGAUGAGCGCUUGCGCAAUGUGCUCAAACGGACCACUUCCUCUCUCAGUCAUCGGGAUAAAAAUGUUGAUUCCAAGGAGGGUGGCCCCACUAAAUCCCCGCGCAUUGAACCAUGUUUCCCCUCCUCAGUUCCCUCUACCCAAUCUGGCGAAAGGCUGGCAACCAGUCCUGAUGUCAAACAUCCGCCAGGUACCUGUAGAGAUGAGUCAUGGCCUGUGAGUACUGCCUCUGCCUCUGCAUCUGCCGUGGUGUCCGCUUCAUCCUGUGGCAAUCUCUCUUCGGCUGGGCUUCCUAGCGCUCAUAACAUACUAACUCCUCGCAAUGUGUUGGCCUGGAUGACCAGCACUCCUGCAUAUGCACGUGCUUGCCAUCAAAAUGACAGUCCUCUUGGUAACUGCCUACUAACACCUUCCAAUGCCACUGGCAAUAACUCUAUGUCUCCCAUAACACGAUCUACGCAGAAAAUGUCUAAGGCAAUGCAGGAGGACAUGAUGACACCUCGCAGUCGGAAACCUGUCGUGGCCUUGUCCAGCUCCAACUUGUCCCAGUUGGCACAUUUAGGCGGGUGGGGGCGUUCCGGGUCAGGAGAGCUGAGACGCGACGCUACAUCUCGAGCCACAUUACUCAGCGAAGCAGGAGCAUCUCUGAGCAGCAAACUUUUGAUGAAAGAGGAGAGUUUUAUCGAACGGGAAGUAGAUGACAACUUCCAAGAUGACUUGACUGUCCACAUCCCUAUUGAGCGAAUGCUUGCCAAAGAGGUGCCAAAAGAUGUUACACUCCAGAAAAGUGAGAUGGCGGCAACUGAGAAACAUGUGUUGAGUGGAACUGAAGGCUGUGAAUGCUGCCCUGAUGAGAAAUGUGCAACUUGUAGUGGGGGAAAUGGUUCCUUAGAUUACUACAGCUGCAGUAGUGACGGUAGUGCUUUGACCGGAACGUUCAGAGAAAUAGUCUUGAGCCGCAGUGUUCUUACUGCAAGCCCAGUGGAUCUGAGCUUCUCUAGUCACACUGGGGAUUUUGAUUCUUCCUCUGAACGUGAGGUGAGAUAUGUUCUAAGUAAUGACAACUUAAGUGAUUCUUUAUUGUAUUGUCUUAAUGGCAAUGAACCAUCGUGCUUGGAUGCCAGUGACCUACCUGAAGUAGAUAAGAAGUCACUGAAUUCUACUGGGGCUGCAUCUAAUCUUAGUGACAAAGGACCAGUCGAUGAGGAUUAUGAAUCAUCGGGAGUAGAAGGUGACCAUGAUGACAAUGGCUCCUUGAGCAUGCCUAACGCUAAACCCGAAAGUAAAGUUACCAAUAGCUUUGAGGAGGCCCUGAAUGCAGACCAAAUUAAUUUUAAUAAUCAUAACAUGCUUUCUGCUGACUCUGAAACAGAAUUCCAUAACACGUGUGUUCAGAGUGAGAUUGAUAGAUGUUUGAGUGAAAGUGCUGCAGCUGGUGUGUCUGUGAAUGAAACAGCAUUUUGAUUACUCGUUGGAAACUCAUUGUGGUGGAUUGACCAUUUGGUGUUGGUGCUCUUCUUUCCUUCUAACCUGAUAACUACUUUCUAUUUUUAUUAUUAGUAUGUAAGUAAAUUUUAACUCAAAUUUAUCCUUUAUUCUAGUACUUCCUGCCUGUUGAGUCAGAAACUUAAAGCAUUCUUCUAGAGACUAAGACAUUUUUAACUACUGUAACAAAAUAGGUUCCCAACAGCUGCUGUAUACUUUCAACAGGGGCAAGACUUGAUUUUAUACAAAAUCUGUGCUCUAUUUUUUUUAUACCUUUAGCUCAAGCUGCAGUCCCUGCACUCAAGCUCAGCUCAAUCAAGUGCCUAUGCUAGUAUCUUUUAAUGUGUUAUCUUCUUUCCUUUCUCUCUAGUAUUGAAAUUCUGGUAUCACUGAAUUAUGAUAUUCACUUUUUAUGUAUAUUUUGUUUAAAAAGAACUUUUUAAUGACUGAACCCAGAGAUAGAUUAUUGUUAUCUUCUACUUUAUAUGUGUAAUUUCUGUAUGUUGGAAAGCUGUACAAUUAUGUAUCCCAUGUUACUGCCUGUGCUACAGGCCUGUGACAUGUUUCUUUCUGUGACAAGUUAAUGAUGUGAUGUUCUGCAUUGCAACAUGGUCUAUGUUUACUCAAGGCAUUGCAAAAACAUGUAUAAAGUGGCCUGUUGAAUUUAAUGUUGAUUUAUAUACCAAUGUGAUAAAUACAAUUUCAUAAAUUGAUAA